CGUUCACUAUUUACCUGCGAGCGCGCUACCCACCGUCCAAAGGGGGAAAGACAAGGCUGCUGGUCGCCGCUUUAAUUACAUUUUCAUGUGUUUACGUUAAAAUAAAGUGAUAGCAACCGAACGGUAUCAGUUGGUAGUACGCUCGACUUCUAAUACAACCUCCACUCUCCUAUGCGUUAGAAUGGCCACUCUCGAGUCCGUCAAGAAGAAGCUCGCCGCUUUCGGUCAACAACACCUACUCGACACUUGGGACAUACUCGACGAGGAUCAGCAGCGCAAAUUCCUCGAACAUGUCGACGGCAUCGAUUUCGAAGAGGCCGUGUCCCUGUUCAAGAAGGCCGAACAGUCGAUGGGGUCGGUGAAGAUGCUGGACGACAGGAUGGAGCCAGUUCCUGAAUCGCAGUUCGAGUCCGAGGAGAGAAUUAGCGCCGAAGUGCGCGAGAGUUAUCGCAGAAAGGGCUUGGAGGCCAUCGCCAACGGUGAAGUGGCUGUUCUUCUGCUGGCAGGAGGACAAGGCACCAGAUUGGGAGUGUCUUAUCCUAAGGGAAUGUAUUCCGUCGGAUUGCCGUCAGGGAAGUCCCUGUUCCAGAUACAGGCCGAACGAAUCAGGCGUGUGACCACUUUGGCUAAGGAAGUAACCGGAAAAUCCGGCACCGUUCCUUGGUACGUCAUGACAAGCGGUCCCACCAACAAAACGACCCAGAAAUUCUUAACGGCGAACGACUAUUUCGGAUUGAACGAAAAGGACGUAAUCCUCUUCCAACAAGGCUUGCUUCCCUGCUACGAUUUCGACGGGAAAAUCCUGCUGGACGAGAAGGACCGCGUCGCCUUCGCUCCAGACGGCAACGGUGGAAUUUACAAGGCUCUGAAAAACUACAACAUCCUGGCCGACAUGGAGAAACGCGGAAUCAAGUACAUCCACGCACACAGCGUCGACAACAUCUUGGUGAAGGUUGCCGAUCCCGUUUUCAUCGGUUACUGCAUCACGAAAAACGCCGAGUGCGGCGCCAAAGUUGUGAAAAAGGCCUGUCCAACCGAGGCCGUCGGUGUCGUAUGUCAAGUGGAUGGAAAAUAUCAAGUGGUCGAGUACAGUGAAAUCACCAACGAGACGGCCUGUUCGAAAAACGAAAAGGGCGAAUUGAAAUUCAACGCGGGAAACAUUUGCAACCACUUCUACACCAUCGGCUUCCUCAAGAAGAUCGCCGACAACUACCUGAACGAACUGAAAGUGCACGUGGCAAAGAAAAAGAUCCCCUACACCACCAAGACCGGGGAAAGGAUCAAACCGUGCGAGCCCAACGGCAUCAAGAUUGAAAAGUUCAUUUUCGACGUGUUCCAAUUCACGAAGAACUUCGUCAUAUUCGAGGUGCCACGGAACACCGAGUUCAGCGCCCUGAAAAACGCCGACGAAGCGGGCAAAGACUGCCCUUCGACCGCCAGAAAGGAUUUGCUUGCUUUGCACAGGCUGUACAUCGAACAAGCGGGAGGAAAACUGGAUGGUGGAUACGUCGAGAUACCGCCCCUGUUGUCGUACGCCGGGGAAAAUUUGGAGCACGUCAGCGGUGUGCCUUUCGAGAAUAAAGAAGAUAUCGAACUCAGUUCUCCAUUUAUUAUGUUGCGUUUAAAUAAUUUUGUUUAAAGUAUGACAUGCAAUAUAUCGCGGUCUAGUUGGAAACGUUCUCGUAUGCUGGAAGUGAAAGUGGCUAAGAUGGUCCUUGACUUUAUAAACGAAAGUGAAAACAACUGACCGGAAUUUCAAUUUCAUUGUUUUCGUCUUUCUAAGGGUAAGAUUCUGUAAAAAUAUGCCUUCUUACAUGUGAUAUUUUUAUUAUUAUUAUUAAUUUUUUUUUUUUUUGUUGACUGACGAUGAAACGGAGCUGCAAUAACAUCUGUGUUUUGUUUAUUUAUUCAAACACUUAAAUGUACACGUAUGUAAACAAAUAUGUAGGUAAAUAUUGUAAAAAUUGAUAUAAAUAUUUUUAUUCUUUAUUUUUUAAUAAUAAAUAAUUUUUAUAACAA